AUGACAUGUAGUACAUGCGAAGCAAUCAUUAAUGAUGGUGAUACUAAACUUACAUGUACAAAUAAAAAAUGUAGCAAAUUUACUUGUAAUGCGUGUAUAAAUCUUAUGUUCGAAAUAAUGUUUGGUCAACCUGCUCUAAAUUAUCCACUAUUAUGCGGUGCAUGUCAAAAUUCAUUCGAUAUAAUACAAGUCGAUCAAAUACUUGUAAAACAAGAACGUUACGAACAAUUCAUCGCAUGUGUUCUUCCAUUGUUUUGGUCAAAAGAUUGUCUUGAGGAAAAUGAGAAAUUAGCACAAUGUCCAUUUUGUCCUUAUAUUGAAAUUCAUACAACCGAUGCAUGUCCUCUUUAUUUUUUAACAUGUCAACAUCCAUCGUGUGGUAAACGAUCAUGCUUAAUAUGUCUUCAUGCUAUACAAGAUGACAAUGAUGAAUCAAAACAUCGAUCGCAAUGUAUUGAAUUUCAUUCAUAUAAAGAAAUGAUUGAAAAAGCAAUUGAAUCAGGAUCUCAACAACAUUGCCCUCAUUGUCAAUUAACAGGUAUAAAAGAUGAUGGUUGUACGCAUAUGAUUUGUGAACGAUGUGGACUCAGUUGGUGUUAUUUAUGUGGAAUGAAAGAAGAAGAUUGCUUAGUAGAUGAUGAUGCUGAACCAAGUUUCUCAGCACAUAAUCAAGAUUGGAAGCAACAUGAAGGCCGUUGUCCAAUGAGUCUUAUUAGUAUACAUGAACUUGAUCAACGAUGGCCACAGGAUGAUCAAGAUUGUUUAGAAUAUUUUCAUCGUUAUCGCACAUUAUGUCAACUUUAUGAUGUACUUAAAAUAAUUGGUGAAGAUAAAUUAGAUGAACUUAAUUAUACUUUCGGUACUAUUGAUGCAUCCGGUUAUACAAUUGAAGACAUAAAAGAUUAUGAAAGUCGAAUAUUAAUUGAUUAUUCACAUAAAGAUGAUAAUUGA